AUGUUGAAAUCAGAAACACAUUUGCCUACAAUCACAGAAUCAGAUAAUACAAGAACUGUAGAUGUCAUAUUGCUAAAUCAAAAAUCGUCUAUAGCAUUCUGCAAAAUAUGUUAUUGUGGAGGAAGUUGUGAACAAUUAAUACACCCUUGUUUUUGCAAAGGAUCGGUUGGUAAUGUACAUCUAACAUGUUUAGAAAGAUGGAUCAAUGAAUGUGGUGUUGAUCGGUGUGAGUUAUGUCACUUUCAGUUUGCAUCUGACCAAACACGUCGAUACACAGUUUUGCAAUCCUUAAUGAUUUGGACAAGGAACCCAAUCCAUCGAAAAUUACUAAUAUCGGAUUUUAUUGUAGUAGUUAUUCUAACGAUUGUGGCGGUUUGC